AGGAAGUGUGUUUAUUAGAAAUCUCGUCCUUGCGAAUCAAAAACACCCGAAAUUAUGUCGAAGGCUACGAAGAAGAAGAAGGGGAAAAUGCACGACCCCGUGCCCGAGGAGGCUUUUUCGAGUGCGGCAAACGUGCUAAGCAAUGAAGAUCUGCUUGGGACUUGCAUAGCGCCAUUCCUCCAAGUGAAGGACCUAGGGCGGGUCGCACAAGUUUGCAAAUCCAUCCAUUCCGCGGCGGUAUCUCCGGAAGGGAAGCUCGCAGUGCCGGUUCACGUCAUCCAGGUGACGAUUCCCGCGCAGCCUCGACUCGGGGAAGGGUUGCCGCCUACGGUUAGUGCGCCCUUUCUAUCGGGAUUCAACCUCCGCCAUCUUCGUGUUCUGCGAGUCGCCGUGAACAGAAGAGGCAAGGACUUGGCGCUCGAUGGCGACGACGACAAUGGCGCGGUUGUUUGCCCCACCUUCGUUUGUGCCGCCCUGGAAGGGUUGCAGCCGUUCCUGCAUUCUGCGAGCUCCGUCGAGGUGGUCGCAUGUCCGCUUGUAGUACGUCCAGGUGAAAAGGACCUUCCGAUGAAUUUGCGGCAAAGUAUAGGGCGCUCUUUGUUCGUGCUCCCAGCUUUGCGAGUCUUGGAGAUUCCCGCGGAACUGGCGCUGGCGCCCCUGCACAUCUUUUCGGGGAAGGGCAGCAAGCAUUCCAUCGCCGGGUCCCAACUCCAGUCGCUGCAGAUCUACGACGCCUCGCUGACCGACUGGGGCCUCCUGGAGGAGAGCUCGCUGGUGUUCCGGCUAGUGUCUGGACUCGGCGUAGCCAAGCUGGAGGAUUUCGGGUUCGCCUUUGGAUGGUCGAACACGGCGCGCCCUAAAAAAGGUCCGCACUGGAUGGUUAGGGUUGACAGCAGUGGUGCGCCGGUCGGUCAGCGCUUUUUCGAGAAGGUGCUGCCGGGUGUCGAAAUUCUCCGGCUGUUUUGUUGCGGCAAGGAACUGUUUCAGCAACCGUGGUUCUCAGCGAUUUCGAUGCCGCGGUUGAAAAAAGUACAAUACGGGGAUCCCGUCCGAUUAAAAAUGCAGCAGUUGCCGGUUAAGAACGUGCUCCGCUUCCCGGCACUGGAAGCCCUGCACUUUCACGGCGUGGCAUUGGACGUGAACGAGUUUCCGCACUGGAGAAAAUUCUUCGCCGGGCUUGCUUUGCGUCACUUGCGUUUCGAUCGCGUACGAAUGAGUGUCAUGCAGCUCGGGCUUCUUUCCGGUCUCCUGGCGGAAGAGGUCGGAACCCUGAAGAGUCUGUCCCGGGAUUGCCGGGACCGGUUGCUUGCCCAGGUCGAUGCCGAAAUUGCACUAGUUGCGACAAAACAGCAACCGCCCGCCGAGGUGGUGUUGGAACGACCGCCAAGAUGCCGCGUCUCCUCGUUGCCAAUCGAGGGCCAGGUGCGGAGGGAUGGCUUGUUCUGA